AGUGCAAGCAAAACGAAAGGUUUGCGUUUACGUCGUACGUCGCAAACAAAGGACAGUCCAGUCUCAGUCUCAGUCAGUCCUCAGUCGCUGUGCACCACUGGGCGCGGAAGGUAAGGUUAGGUUCACCUCUGACUCUCGUUCUCCUGUCGUCGCUAGACUCGACCAGCACCAUGAUCGACCAAGUGCCGGAUGACGUGCUAGCCAUGGUGAUGUCGCUCCUCAGCGUGAAGGACAUCUUGGCCUGUCGCCCCGUGUGCAAACGUCUGGCGGCCCUGGCCCAGCACCCCGACGUGUGGCGGCACCAACGCCUUGACAUGCACCGCCGCCACGAGUGCUGUCCAGCGAUGCGCCUGGCGCCGUGCGUGCGCCAGAUCAUAGCCUACGCCCCGACCAAAAGACAGCCGUGUCGCCACACUGACCUACGGACAACCACGUGCGCCGCCAGGGAGCUGUCGAUCUCCAUGAGCAUAGGGCACUGUGGGCCCGAGGAGGCCGCGGAAGUCGUCCAGAUCGUCAAACAGCAGGAGGCGCUCGGCCGGCUGCGAGCCGUGAGUUACAGCUCGUUCUCGGGCGCGCACUCUGAACGAAGACAGCAUCGACUUGCUGUUCGGGGCGCUGGCUUCAACACGCGGCCUCGAGGCGGUCACGGUCGGCGUUCAAGACAGCUGGGGCGUGCAAGUUGCGCCCACCAUCGGGCAGCGUGGAACCAUCGCGCCGUCCUUGAAGAGCUUCACCUGCGAUGUUCUGCCCUGGACGGUGGCCUUCUGCAACUACAUGCUGGCCGGGCACGCCGCCACCCUUGAGGCGGUUAGCUUCAUAGGCGCCGACCUCUCUCCUAUCGAUGCCGCCUUCUUUCCUAUCGACGUCGACGCCGCCCUCUCGCCGCUCCGCCUGCUGGUCGGCAUGCCUAACCUCCGCCAGCUGACCUCCCGCCUGAUGCCCGGGCUGAGGGAGGUGGCCGCGUGCAAGUCGUUGCGAUCGCUGAAGCUCACCGUGGAUGCCGAAGUAGAGUCCGUCAGUCAGGAACACGAACACGGGGCUCUGGAGCUCCUCCGCAGCGCCCACCAGCUCCGAUCCCUUCAUCUCCACUUUCUUCAUGAUGUUGAUGUUGAUGAAGAUGGUGACAUUAUUGAGAUUUUCGCUGACGAUCUUAUUGGUGCCCUCGCGUCUUCUGGACGGUCACAAGUGGAGGUGCUGUUCAUCGAAGUCGAGGGAGCAAGUCAUGACCUCAUCCUGGGCCAGCUGGGGUCCGCGCUGCCCUCGCUGCCAUCCCUGCGACGGCUCGAGAUUAACAUGGACCAGGACCCGGACAUGCUGCUGCGCCUCAUCACCCCCGUCACUGCCCCGUCCCUGCGGAGCCUUCAGAUACGAGCCUUUGAGGCGACUCAUGAUAUUUGCGCUCACGCGUUCUUGCACAGUGAGGAACUCGAGUCGCUCAUGUCGAGGAACCCCUUGCUCCACGUGGAGCAACAAUACGUGUCUUGCCGCGCAUUCAGAAACAUGUGCGACGUGUGCAAGCUAAGCUGUCACAAAGAUGUGGAUGAAUUCGAAUUGUUAGGAACUUUCGCGCACCCAAAAGACGAGUGUCCCUCCCCAGAGGCGCACGCUGCCAUCGAACGAUGCUGUUGGGUUCACAUCAACGAUGUACAACAUUGAAUUAUUAUUUCCGUGUUGUGAAUUAUUCACUAUGCAUACAC